AAACUAAGAAACAGGUUUUUCAAAAGGAGAGAAGGAUCACUAAACGAGAGACCCAAGAACUUCUUGAAGAUGCUCGUUUAGUUGUCAGGCAACCGACAAGCAAUCGAGAUGGGCACGGGCUAUGGACUCGCAUGCAUUUGCAAUGUGAUAAAUCCCUGUCGCAACGAGGUGUCCAACACCUUUGUGGUCGUCCAGUGGCUAAUAACAGGAUUCGCUGCACUGGCUCAGGUCGUGCGACCCGUGCUGCUGCUUUUUGGCAUACGCGGCGAGGUGAUUUUGAAUCAGGAGGAUUACAACAAGACCUGGAUAUAUAUGCCCAAUGGCGAUGGCAAGCCAGAGGUGGCUUAUCUAGUAGAGCCGCCACCAGAGGAUCGCAUUAGCUUACCGCAACUAAUCAAGUUCGAAUAUUAUGGCAGCGACUCCCCCAAUGAGAUGAUCAGUUCAAAUUUCUGGAUCGAUGAGAACGAUUUUGAGCAUGAGCGUCGUAAGCGUGACACCUGGCAGGAAAUGGCCGAAAAGUUCGAUCCAAAGCUGGAUACCAAAAUCUUGGUGCAUGGCUGGAAAUCUAGCACCAUGAGUAACUCCAUACAGUCCAUACGGGGUGCAUAUAUCCAGCGGGGGCAGGUGAAUGUGUUCGCCAUCAAUUGGAGGGAUCAGGCUGAUAAUAUCUACUAUCUGACACCGGCUCGAUAUACUGUGCAAGUGGGUCGUGCGGUGGCCAAGUUGAUUGAUCUGCUGGUCGAGGAGAAGGAGGCGGAUCCACAGCGCAUUCAUCUGAUUGGUCACAGUUUGGGCGCACACAUAAUGGGCUAUGCGGGCUCCUAUACGAAAUAUCGGGUUGGUCGCAUAACCGGACUGGAUCCAGCGCGACCCGCAUUUGAGGACUGCAUUGGACCAGAGAAUCAUUUAGAUGAAACGGAUGCCAAUUUUGUGGAUGUGAUCCAUAGCUGUGCGGGCUAUUUGGGCUUUCGCAAGCCCAUUGGCAUGGUGGACUUUUAUCCAAAUGGUGGGGGGCCACCACAGCCAGGCUGCACGGAGAUCUCACAGAUCUUCACCGGUUGCAGUCACGGCCGCUCGUAUGAGUACUUUGCGGAAUCCAUAAACAGUGACAAGGGAUUCUAUGGCGUGCCGUGUGGCACAUUGGCUGAGGUGAAGGGCAAGAACUGCACCGGCAGCAAGAUUCUUAUGGGUGAUCCAGUGCCAAGGGAUGCGCGUGGUAUCUAUCUCGUGAAGACGGCCAAAAAGCCCGCUUUCGCACUUGGUAUUGAAGACUUACUGCCCAAGGACAAUGAUGAGGACACUAACUAAUUGACGAUUUUCUUUUAUUUUUCAUUAUUCAUAAAACUUAAAUUCAAGCUUAACUUACAAAUACAGAAAAGAACGACUUGCAA